AUGACCUCUGUCUUCCUUGUUGGACCCGUGGGGUGUGGGAGGUCAGAGCUGCUGGCAGACCGAAAAAGAUUUGAAUCCAUCCAUGUUGUGGAUGUGCUAUGCCAUGGCAACCUUCUCGAAAACAUCAGGAGGCAAGAAAUAGAGGAAAAGGCUCGUGAAGACCAAUCGUUUGUGUCCGUAGGAUCCCUGGUUGACGCCCUCGUAGAGGCUUCACGCAGGAAGAUCAUCAAAGUGCCAACUUGUCCACCCCAUCUCUCAACGGAAGAUGCCCAGAAUCUUCUUGUCCGACUAUUCAGGAGCAACAAGGAACACAGCAAAAAAAACCUUGGAAAGGUCCAGCGUGCAUGCUUGGGUACUCUGACACGGUACAGAAAGGCGCUCAAUGUGCUCGUACAUCCUGCCCGAGCUCAUGUCAUAGGCUCCAAUGCUGAAGUCGACCCUAUCCUGCAUCAAUACACUCAGGUAAUGCACCUGUUGCGGAUUCCGUUCGUGGAGAUGAAGGAGACCGAAGAAGAGGCUCGAGAUGAGAUGCUUCAAAGAGCCAUUUUUGACCACACAAUCCCGAGUCCCCUUGCUUCAUUGAAAUACUAUGAGACAAUCAGUAUGAAGAAGCAAGGCAAGUCGAAAGCCGGGAGGCCAUCCAAGGAUGAGCUCCUGGAGGCAAUCUAUAGAAAUAUCAAUUUGCCUUUUUACAUGCCCAUGAAGCAGAGAGACGGAGCCGACCGAUGGUAUGCUUUGAAGGUUCUGGAAUUCUCGGAGGCAGAGGUGAAGCAGAAAUUCGAAGAGGCAAAUGGCGCAGGUGGUCUCACUAAUCGCUUCCUUCAGAAGCGCGGUCGCAGCCAUGAUUUGUUCCUCGUGCAGUUCGAUGCACGCAUUGUUUCCGCUACAGUCUUCGAAGUGCUGCACGGCGGACUCUUCAUUCAAGGAGAGAUGUACAGCUUCCUUGGGUGCAGUUCAUCUGGCCUCAAGAUGAGGAAAGCCUAUCUUCUCCGCGGAACCGCGGAGCAAGCUGAGAAAGAGCGCGAGAUGUAUGGGAGCUUUGCCGAGCUCUCAACUGUACCAAAGCAGAUCGCUAGGUUCUCCCUUCUUCUUACGCAAGUUGUGCCAACUAAUGUGGUUCCUUCAAAUGUGGUGAACGAGGACGACGUUGAGCAUCGUGGAGCAAACUUCACUGACGGCUGCGGGAGCAUUAGCCCCGACCUCGCCAACAGAUUGUAUCAGCAAUCAAAGACUUCAUUAAGGAGAAGGUCUGACAGCUGCUUCCGUGAGACACCGAGUGUGUUCCAAAUCCGCUACCAGGGAUGCAAAGGCGUGGUCGUGAGGGACUCAAAGCUCCCUCCGGAAACCCUUGUAAUACGACCGUCGCAAAGAAAGUUUCAAACGAAAGAAUUUCCCCACAUCUGCGUAGCUGACUUCUCACGUCCAUACUCGUUCGGACAUCUGAACAGGCAGUUCAUCAUGCUUCUCUCCGGCCUUGGAGUGCCAGACCAUGUGUUCGAAAAGCUACAGAGAGACCACUUUGAUCGCAUAAGGAAUAUGCUGCAUGACAGGGAUUCGGCACUCUUGGUUUAUGAAUGGAAAAAUCGCAGCUCGUUGUUCACAGAGGACGGUCAAGACGUUCGUUCAGGGAGAGUCGAUCCACCAAUGCCUCCGUAUAUUGACUUGAAAAAGACUCAGUCUCGGCUGAUCGAGGAAAGCCCAAAGCUGAAGAUACUGGUGCCACAGUCGCGCACUCUUUUUGGUGUUGCAGAAACCCCCAAAUACAACGAAAAAGGACUCCUGACUCCGGGAAUUUUGCAACCUGGAGAAUGUCUGGUCAGAGUGACUAUGAAGGGAGGCACACCUGUUUCUUUGCAACACCAGAAAGUGAUCGUGAGCAAGAACCCCUGUUACCUCUUGGGAGACAUUCGUGUUCUCACGGCUGUCUCGUCUCACGAAAGGCCGCAGCUGAAAGAGCUGGAAAACGACCUUGUGGAUACGAUCGUCUUCCCUAUUGUAGGGGAUCGGCCCCACUCAGAAGAAAUCGCCGGCUCUGACCUUGAUGGAGAUCAGUACUUUGUGUGCUGGGAUGAGUCUCUCGUCCCACCGCUGCCCGUUGUCGACCCACACACAUACCCUGCCUUUGCCGGCAAGGCCAGCAAAAAGCAAGGUGGCCGUUCCACAGAAAUGGUUCGCUACUUUGCGUCUCAGAAUGUAGCAUCCUCGCUGACUGGUCGCGUGAACAACCUUUACCGCACAUGGGGUGAUCUCAAGGGCGUAACCUCAUCACAGUGCAAACGGUUGGGAGAACUAUUUGCGCGUGUUGUCGACAGCGCCAAGUCGGGGGAGAAGAUCAGGAUCGAUCCAGGUCUGAUCAUCAGCAAGGAAAGCAGGCCUGUUGCGACGGCAACUUCGAAAUACGUGUGGCAACGACUGGAAUUUGCUGCAAACGAGUUUGUUCAGGAGCGCGUUCAAAGAGGAGAUUUGCCCGUUGACACUGCCGAUAGUGGACAAGAAGAACAAACCACUGACGAUUCCGAUGAAGCCGUUGCCCUUGACGUCGACAAUCUCGAAACUUUCUUGAUGGAUCUGCUCAGUCGAGAUCAUUUAGCAAUGUCCGAGUUCACCAAGUUUGGCCUGAUAAUGCAGCAUCUUCGCGGGGACAUCAAAGCUUUUCUCUGCUCCCAAUUUGCUGCUCUCAUCGAUUUUGGCCGUUUCUCCUCUGAGGAACGUGGUGUGGCAGUACGGAAACACGGGGUGCCAACGGGCGUGCUGCAAAACCAAAUUCGAUUCUUUUCUAGGAUUGUUGGAUUCCGCACUCAAUUCCUCAAGAAACAUGAAUUGGAUGGCGAAGACACAAUAUGGAAAUUUCAUUGGCGCCCCGACAGUAAAAGAAGCCAUUGUCACUUCUCUUCAAUGAUUGCACAUGCCCUGCGAAAGAACACCGACGCCUUGAUGAUCCUGCAGCUGCCGGACUCGGUGGUACUCUUACUCCGGUUCACGCGCUCUGCCCUGAGAACUGAGGACAAGGCUCUGUUUCUAACUCAGGACGGAAGCAGUGGGUGCAGCGACCAGAAACUUCGAGGCUCCCUUGAUGUCAAAGCAGUUUUCAUAUCUAGUCAUUUUGGAUAUGUCGAGGAAUACGUUCUGAAGGACCCAAACUAUCGAAUUGAUCUCUCUGACAAGGGAAUGCAACUGUACCGAGGGAAACAAGCGGCAACGUUCGUGCACGUCAAGAUUCUUCAAGGUUCCCCGGGGACGAAGGAAUCGACUGAGGACGGUGUACCGAAACUGCAGAUAAGCGUCGACCUCACACGGUUCAAUCAAAGAGUGUUGGUCGGUUCGAGGCCUCAUCCACUUGUCAGAAAAUCUCCUGUCUUUGACAUGGAGAUGUUUGUUACCAACAAGAGGUCUGAUCAUAGCUCGCGUCCUGCUCGAAUCUCUCAUUUGGAUGUGCUCCUGGCGGACAGCGAGCCCUGGACGAAGGCAUGCUUCAGUCCUGACCAGCGGGUCGAAGGCGAAGACGACGAAGCAAUCUUGCGGCAUCUGCAGGCGACCGCCAUAGAUAUUUUGAAGACAAUCCGCGAGUUUUGCAGCGACAUGGAAUCCUCAUCAUCCCCAGAGGCCAUCCUACGAUUCAGAACCGACAUUCUGGAGCCUUCCCACCACCUCUUCGGGGUCGCUAAUGUGAUUCCUUCUGAGUUGUGGGAAAGCAUCACGUCGUUGUCCAUUGAGGUAUUCUCCAAGUACAUCCCUCAAAUUGAAGAUUUGACAGAGAAGCUUGCCACGUCUCUUGCUUUCAUGGCACUGCUCUCGGACCUGGGCGUUGAUACGCUGUGGGGCUUCCCUGAUCUCUUGGUGAUGGAAGGCAAAGACCUCUCACCAUACGUUUCGAAGUUGAUUGAAGUACUCCGACGGUGGGACCUGUGGUUGGCUUUCGGUGGACAGCAGAAACGAAAGGAAGUGCUGCAGUGGCUGGAGUCGGCAAUGGUACCGGUAGGCGGACUGGAUGAAGCUCGAGCCAAGUUUGCAUUUCAAAACGCAAUCGAGCAAGCGGAGAUCCUAUUGGAAGAGCUUAACAGUGGAAGUGAAGCGCUUCGAUCAAGUGCUUCUGUUUCUCGCAUCACGUAUCUUCGGAUGGAAACAGAACAGGGACCCACGAAGGAAAACAACCAGGAAAAGGGAAAGAAGAAACUGCCCAUUGUGUCUCUGCACAGUACCCAAGCGAUACCCGUAGGUGUCCGGUUUGCUACUGGCGAACACGUUUGCAUCUCGAAACAGCUUGUCGAGGUGAAGAAGAAAGGAGAGGAUCAACAUGACCAGGCUGCCAACUGGGCAAAGGACUACGAACACGAGUUCCCCGCACUCGAAGAUGCUCAUGCACAUACUGAUAACGCAGAUUGUUCCUCGUUAACAUCCAAGAGAGGUGGCUUCUGUGUUGGCCGUGUUGUUCACGUUUGCGACGCUCCAUUCUCUGUCAAAGUGAAACUAGUGGCUGCCAGCUAUGCAUCAACCGCUUGCACACCUGAGCUGAUCAAUCAGUGCCUUGAGAGUGAUUCUUGCCUAUACUGGGAACUCAGUAUGAUUCCCGCCAACGUCAUAACGCACAUGCGAAACAUGGACGCCAUUGCAGCUUUCUUGGAGUCUUCCACCGAACAAAAACUCUUUGUGGCACCCGAAAUUCUCCCACAUUUGAUGCCAGGAUUCCCCAGCACUCAAGAAGAAACUGCGCCCUUCCCCAACAAAGAACCGCAUCACGUGGAAGAUUUGGCCAAGCUCAACAGUCGACAAGUCGAAUCUGUUCGUCAGUCUCUCACGUCCCGAGUAAGCCUCGUUCACGGGCCUCCCGGAACCGGUAAAUCCACGACAGCGAUUCAUAUCAUGCGGGAGAUCUUGGCGACAACCGACCAUAGAAUCCUUGUAUGUGCAGAGACCAAUCUUGCUGUUGACAAUCUCGCUCUGAAGCUGAUGCGAGUCGGUCCACUGCCUUCGGGACAGGCAAUCCGAGUGGGAGGGCAAGACAAGGUACACCCCGACUUGGAAGGCAUUCACCUGGAAUCAUUGGUCAAGAAGAAGAAGGUAUCCAAAAAGUCCUUGUACUUCACAGAUGAGACGGACUUUUUCCUCUCACGCUACAAGAAAAUCAUUGCGGAUGUGCUGGGUGGAGCUCGCAUUGUAUUCACAACCUGCGCUGGUGCAGGAGAUCCAAGUCUUGUUGGCCACACGUUCGAGUCUGUGUUGAUGGACGAAGCUUCCAUGACAACUGAACCGGGAGGUCUUGUUCCAUUGGCACAUGGUUGCUGUCAUCUUGUCCUGAUUGGUGACCACAAACAACUUGGGCCUCAUGCAUUGGAUGGAAAGUGCGUAUCUCUUUUCGAGCGUCUCAGCCGUCAAGGAACUUCGAUUCCAGCUGCCAUGACCAUGUUGAAUCAACAGCACAGGAUGCAUCCUCGCUUGUGCGACUUUCCAAGCAAGACGUUUUAUAAUAGCGAACUUGAGACGGCUCCAGGCAUUGAAAAUGUGAGGCCCAUUCCUCAAGGUUCAAUUUUUCGUGGCCAGCCACUCCAAUUUGUGCAAGUUGAGAAUGGCAGGGAGCAGCGUCUCAAGAGUGGCUCCUGGUACAACGAGCCAGAAGUGAAUCGAGUCCUGGAAAUCGUGACGGAGCUUUCAAAAGAAGGACCAAAUCAAAUCGGCCUCGCCGAUAUCACCAUUCUCACUCCGUACCGAGCGCAGCUCUAUAAAAUCCAAGAUCGGCUCAAAAGCGUUUGGCGCGAUCCUCCAGAAGUUUGUUCCGUAGAUGGAUUUCAAGGACGGGAGAAUGAGUUCAGUGUCGUGAGUAGCGUUCGCUGUGGACAAUCCUUGGGCUUCUGCGAUGAUCCCCAGCGCGUCAAUGUCCUCCUGACUAGAGCCAAACGAGGCCUGAUUGUUCUGGGCGAUCGAAAUACCUUGACUCGAUCGAAGUUGUGGGAGAAUUGGCUCAAGGAGGCGUCUUGUUGA